AGUGAUUAUGAUGAUGAAGUCCUGUGAUGACGACAAGGAGGAAAGCACACAGAUGGCCUAGAAACACCACCGCCAGUUUAAUGGCACUAUGGAAUAUUGCAGAGAAGCUCAUUGCAUCCCCUAGGACCUGACCAUUUGCACCGAUUGGAUAUUUUAAGUGGGAGUGAUUUGCCUCCAGAUGAAACGGAUCACAGGCCCUCAUGGGGCCAAAUCAACAGUUGUUGUCAAGAGAGAAAGCUCAUCUAAUAUCAGUGGACAAGGAGAAGCCAACAACCAUGGAAAUUGGGGUACAGUAAUGUAUGCUGAAGAGAAGAAUGAAAUCACUUGCUCCUCUGAUGUGGAUGUCCAUGUGAAAGGCCGCUUUGUGGAUCUGUGGCGCCAAAAGGACCAUCUACUAAAAAAGAAUGCCAUCCUCAAACAGUCCCUGAAUACCUGUGAAGAUGCCAAUGCUGAACUUCAUAAUGAGAACUCUGCCAUAAGAAAACAGAUCAAAAGUAUGGAGCAUUCGGUCAGGGGUUUGAGCCAGGUGAGGGCAGAAAUGGACAUCAUUCGUGCAGCACUUGCUGAGAAAGAGAUGACCAACUGUGGUCUUAAAGUCUGGAUUAGUAAACUGCAAAAGAAGAAUGAAGCUCUGAAGGACCACCUUGAAACCAGCACCAAUGAGAGAUCUGAUAACUUAUUGGCCAAGGAAAUGGACAAAAAAGACCAAAAGAAACUGACUCUGCAUGUUCUGGCAUUGCAGCAACAACUUGAGCUGACAAGGAUGAAGAUCGCAGAAAAAGACGAGAUUAUGUUGCAUAAAGAUUUUAUGAUUGAUCAGAAGAAGGCCUCCAUUGACGAGAUGAUCAGUAUUGGACAGGACCUGAAAAAGAAGGCUAAGGACCUGAAGAGACAGUUGGAAAUGGUAGAACAUGGUGCGGCAUCUGGACAGGAAAGUUCCGUGACCUCUGAUGGACAUCACACUGGAGCCACCAGGAACCAUUUGUCUCUGGCACAGGAGUUCAGCCUGUCUGGAUUUCAGGAGUCAUUUGACGAGGAGGUGAAGGCCACUGAGACGGUCAGCCUUCAGAGAGAGACCACUGACCGAACAGAGGAUGUAGUCAAGGAGUUGAACGAAGAGGUGGAAGAGAUCAUUCAGCAGGUGCAGGUCUCUGCAUCUGAGAACAGUACUCACUGGCUGAACAAGGCCUGGACCAGCUGCAAAAGAGGGGCCCUGCUCGGGGUUAGUUUUGGCCUGGGCACCGUGCUGCCCUUCUGCCUGUUGGGGGUCGCCAUGACAUCUUGCUCCAACUUCACCUCGACUGAUGCUCACCAAGACAUCCUGCAGCACGGCGCAUUUCUGCCGCCAUUUUAACUUCUCCAUGAGGCUGCAGAAAAACUUCAUCAGAAUUGUUGACACUGUGGUGUUUGCUCUGCAGAUGUAGAACUGGAUAUUUGCACAGCUUGUCUCAACAGGAUGAAGGACAACGGCCAUUAUUGCACAUCAUCCAAAAAUGGAGAGAU